AUGAACCAUUAUCCUGAGAACAUCCAGGCCCAAAUCGAACUUCUGGACGAGAUUGUGGCAGAAGAGCUCCCCGAUAUUUACAUGUCCAUGCCCGAAUUGAGUUCCAAGGAGUCGUUCAAGCGGAAAUUGCAAAUGAUCAUGAAUGAAGCACUCAGCAGAGAGUACUCCGGAGACAUUGCAAGCAUCUCUUUGGUUGGUUUUGGUAGUUCAGCCUCGGGCUUUGGGAUGGCUGGCUCAGAUAUGGAUCUCGCAGUGGUACCAAACUGGAAGGAUCCCUCAAAAGCCAAUGACAAUACCAUUGAUCGUUGUAUCCCUCGUAUAUUAGAGCGAGCAGCGCUUGAUGCCAGGUUUGGUGGUCGACUCCUCACACGGACUCGUGUACCGAUUUUGAAGAUCUGUCAGCAUCCGACAGAGACCCUAUACCGGGCUCUCUGCGAGGAACGACAGAAAUGGGAUCAACUGCCUGAAGAAGAGAAGUACCCCUCAGGCCUAGCAGAUGACAGCCAGCAAAAAGAUUCAGCGAAGACGGGGUCUCCCAAGAUCCCAUCUUCCUUGGUAGCUGCGAAACCAGAUGAGGCUUCCAGUGACGGAGCUGAUUCUAAGAAAUCUCAGCAGCCUCGCUCCGACAAGCGUUGGAUGCGAGAAAGAGCAUCCGGCCCUCUGGACUUUCCCAAGACCGGCUGCGGUAUCCAAUGCGACAUUAACUUCGGAAACCCGCUUGGCAUUCACAAUACGCAGAUGCUCCGUUGCUACUCUUUGACUGAUCCCCGCGUACGACCUAUGGUUCUCUUUGUCAAGGCCUGGGCUAAACGCCGCAAAAUCAACAGUGCCUAUUCUGGUACCCUUUCAUCGUAUGGAUGGGUGCUUAUGGUACUGCACUACCUUGUCAACAUCGCAACGCCACCAGUAUGCCCAAAUCUUCAACAUGCCGUACCCUUGCCCACCGAUAGAGACACUCUGGAACAAUAUUGCAAGGACACAAUGGUCGAUGGCUACGCGGUCCGUUUCUGGCGCAACGAGCAGGAAAUCACGCAAGCUGCAAAGGAAGGCCGUCUGACGAAGAAUAAGGAAACAGUUGGUGCGUUGCUACGCGGAUUUUUCCAGUACUAUGCCGCUUUGUCUGGUGGAACCUACCCGAGACCUCCCCAGUUCCACUGGGUCAACGACGUUGUGUCGCUGCGCAGGCCAGGUGGCAUAGUUUCGAAGCAGAGCAAGGGGUGGAUCAGCGCAACAACGAAGAUUACGGCCGACAAAAAGGUGACGAAUCGCUAUCUCUUCGCUAUAGAAGAUCCUUUUGAGACUGAUCACAACGUCGCAAGAACGGUGAACCACCGCGGCAUAGUCGCCAUCCGAGAUGAGUUCCGCCGGGCAUGGAGGAUACUGCGGGUGGUUGGGACGGAUGCAGAGCUUGAAGACGACAUUUUCGACGAGGUUGCGGAAACAGCGCCCCCACAGUCUGAGUCGCAACCAGGAGGGGCUUCAACAGGCACUGGAUAG